AUGGGUCUCAACAGCACUGCCCAGCUCGAGAUACGGGCUCAGCGGUUGACCUUCUCACAUGCCUACGGCCCGCACAGCAUGACCUUUCUGCAUCGUGGUCAAACUCAAGCCCAAGUGGUGAACGCCCUCUACAAGACCAUGUACGCACCCAUCACGCCCAGAAACCGCAUCUACCUUCUCGCCAGCGAGGCUUGGUUCGUGCUCACAGUGGUUAUUUGCUCCGUGCUUCUCCUCAGAAGAAGACGCGAGAAGCUCUGGAUCAUCACGACAAAGUACAGCACUUACGGAACGUUGUACGUCGGCAAUGCAAUCACCUGCAUCAUCAUCGCUGUGACGAGCUACAUGUUCGCCUGGAAUUUCAGUGCAAUAAUGCUCGCCAUCUACUCCUUUGCUCACAUGAGCGUUCUAGAACUUUUCUGGUUCAUUCCGGCUCCUUGGUGGUCCCUGGUGGUCUUUGCCUACAUCAGCGUUCACGGCUUUGUGCUCGGCUGCAGUCCAAGGUCGCCUCUCUCAUCGCUCGGUGCAAACAAAGCCGUUGCUGACCGCGAAGCGUGGUACUACCUGCCGGUUCCGACUCGACCGGCUAUCAACAAUGCUCUGCUCAUGAUUCCGACGACCUUUUUCACAGUGACCACCGUUACGCUGGUAUGCUUCUCAGGUCGAGCUUACUAUCACGCUAAAGCUGUCUCUAAGCACCUUCUGCCCGCCGAGAUCCUCUUGCGGAUUCACAAUUCAGCGCAAGGCUCUUUUCCAGCUUUUCGAGAUCAAGAUGUCCUGGCUUCGGACGAUCUCAUCUGGGCGGGGCGCCAAGUGGCUGCCGAGUACUUUGAGGUGCACAGAUACGUCUCUAUCAACCUUUUGAUCUUUGCAGCUGCUGCUUUCACAAUCUGGAUCCCUUGCAUCGUGUACGGCUUGCCAAACAUCAUCAGGCUCAUCGACCAUGCCUGUUCUCUCUGUCCGCACUUUGAUGCUGCAUCGUACAAGGACUCGUUGCGGAAAUUGUACUAUCUCAUCUUUAAAGCAAAGCCCAUCGCGGAAGACAACAGCAAGCAACUCAGCGCCACCGCCCGUAAGAUGACGUUGCUUUCUGUCGGCUAUGUUGUCGCUCUCAUCAGUGCGGUGCCUGCUUUCGGUUUCCUUCCGCUGUACAUGGUCGGCAGGUCCUUUCCUCACGAAGUUGAGCGGGGUGAUAUCAGCCCUUACAUCAAUUCGGCGCUUGUGAUCACCAGCAUCAUUACAAUCCUCUGUUGUCUCCUCAUGACAUUCUUCUGCUCGAUUGUGACCUUCGAUCCGCUCUUCCGUUCAGCUAACGGUCUCAAUCUAAUCAGGUGCCACAUCCCGAUCGAUAUCACGGUCAUCAGACAGAAGGACCAAGUCAUCGAACGAGAGCCAGACCAGCCAACAUUGGCAUUCGAAACCCAUGAUGACGAUGAAGAAGAUAUCGAAGGCAACCAUGGAAUCAAGAUGAAGCCUUCCAUGGGCACAUUCCAGAGCACCAAGUCGCACGGAUCAGACGGGGAGAAUGUCCACGAUGUGACCAACCAGGUAGUGCACUUGCCGACACAAGCAUUCGAGGUCGAUCCCAGGUCGACUGCGUAA